AUGGCUAUGGAGACUAUGGUAUUCGAGGCAGGUUAUAAUCGGCGAGAUGAGUAUCCUCUAACAACGAUGACGACAACAACAACGACGAAAACAACAACAAGAACAACAGCAAACAAGAUGCCAGGUACAGCGCCGGGUAAUGUUGCUGUGUGUGAGUUAGCGCCCAGAUCUGGUGUUAGUGCAGGGGAUGGUUCCGGGUGGUGGGAAGAAGGAGUUGAAAGGGAGUAUGGGUCAACGAAAGUUCAUGGUUUGGGGAGUUCGCAGGAAAUAGGCUCCCAGAGGUCGUUUGACAACGGUCAACAGCGGAUUUACGGGAACAGGGAUCGUAAUAACCAGCUUUCGUCUUUAAUCGCGCACGCGGAACGCAACAAGGAAGCCUUGCAGGAACGUAACCAGCGUUGGCAAAAGAGCAAGCAGGAUUCCAAACAGCGGUAUGGAUGGUCGUAA